AUGAAGCCCGUCUUCCUCAUCCUCUCGCUGCUCUCCGCCGGCUUUGCAGCGGCCAGCAACAUCACAGAGCGAUCAGUCCUGAACGGCGCAUGCACUGGCGCUGAUGGGGCUCCAGGUGUCUGCAUCCACAAGGAUGCGUGCGGCUCCGGCGCCAAGUUCAUCAACAACGCCUGCCCUGGAACCCCCGAUGAAGUUAAAUGCUGCACCAAGACGUCGUGCGGUAGUGCCGGUGGCAACUGUCGCUUUACUUCGCAGUGUGCGUCGAGAAACACGCAGUCGGGCCUCUGCCCGGGCCCCGUCGACUUCAAGUGCUGUCUGCCGACGAAGACGGAUCCAGACCCCAAGCCCCCGACGAAAGACCCUGGCUUGGCCAUCCUUGCCAAGGCGAAGGAGGCAGUGGGCGUGCCUUACAGGUUCGAUAGCGGAUCCUGCUCCGGUCCCACCGGAAACCCCAAGUCAUUCGACUGUUCCGGUCUUGUCAGCUGGGCCGUUUGUCAGGUCACGCACCGGAGCCUGUUCGACGAAAACUUGCGCGAGACUUACAAACUGUACUGCGCACCCGAGUCCAAGUCGAAAUACAAGAAGAUUCCAUUUUCCCAGCGGCGCGCCGGCGACGCCGUCUUCUUUGGGCCCAACAAGUGCAGAUGCCCGGGCAGGGAUGUGCACCACGUCGCCCUCAUGCUCGACUCGGGCACGCGCAUUUGGAACGCCCUCAAGAGGGGCGCCAAGGUUCGCGAGGACAACUUCAAGGGCAAACACGACUACCAGAACUACGACGAUGGACCACGUCGCCAUUGCUACCUAGGAUUGCCACGGGCGUGGGGCCGCCUCGUUUAUUUUGCUAUUGGCAGUUGCUGGUGGCAGACGCGCGUGGCGAAGAAGAAGGACAAGAAGGCAGCCGAAGACUUGGAGGCCGCGCUGGCUGAUAGUGCGUCGUAUCGGGAGGAAGUGAUACAGCUGACGGGGAUGCUGAGAGGCAUGGCGGGUAAUGCGAACGAUCCGCGUGGCGUCGAACUGGCCAAGUACAUCGAUAGGCAGGUGGUGCGUCGCGGCCCGAAUCGGUCCGACCCCCUUUCCGAGUAGUUCU